AUGGCGAUUUUGAGGCCCCCCAUGAGAGAUGUUAAGGACGGUGCGGUGACGGCGCUGACAAAGACCAGUGUCAGGGUCGGGAUCCGUGAAAAGAGCGGCGGGCUCGAUGUCGGGCGCUUUCUUGCGCCAGGGUCGUUGUACUCCCUCGUCAACACCCAGACAUACUUCUGCUGUGUCCGCGUCGGCCCCACAAGGCCGACGAGCGCACUGACAGGUCAUAUUGAUGAAUCUCCGCGGCGCGCGGUUUCUGGCCAUGCCGCCUGCGCACCGGCAUGCUGCAAUGCUGCCGUGCGCUAUCUUCCUGCAGAGCCGGACCUCCGCGGGGAGG